CCGUUGCGUAGAAACGAAGACCGUCGGAGGCUUCAUGCUACAUCUUCAACCGUCUGGACUCUGGAUCCAACCAUCGGGGGAACAACAUGUAUGUAUUGUCCUCGUGUCAUAGAAGAACAACUCACGCGAGACAGGCGGCGACAUGUCGAUGGGUUCCCCGCGGCCACGGCUCAUUCCGCCGCGGGUUCAGUUAGCGGCGCUAGCUAACUGUUAGCUUUGCCUCCUCUGGCGUCUCGGGGCGAACUGCGAGGACGAAGCUGCCGUGGGAGUUUACAGCGUGUGUUCUAACGCCCCGGGGGAUGUUGUCCGGGACGAGGAGCCUCGGUCCAGGGCACCAGGUGGACGUGUCGCACGGCGGAACGUCGGGUCAUGUUCAGGAGGACAACGACGACUGUGACGACCGACGAACAAGCGAAAUGAACGACAGUAAGCCGAACAAGGUGACCGUAACCUCGGCUAACCAAUGGCAAACUAGCUAAAGCUUAUAGUUGUCAAGAAGUCGCCGGAUAGAAGCUCAGGUUGUUAAGUCAUACAUUGAGCUAGACAAGCUUUUGUUAAUACAAUCGUCGCAGUCUAAGCAACAAAGAGAAGAAGAGGAGGAAAAUGGCCGGUGACGCUGGCAGCAUCCCUGAGCUGGACCAGAAGAAAUACGACGCAGACGAACAAGUGAAGAUCAUCUGUCUGGGCGACAGCGCAGUUGGUAAAUCCAAGCUGAUGGAGAGGUUUCUUAUGGAUGAAUAUCGCCCCCAGCAGUUGUCAACCUACGCUCUGACUCUCUACAAGCACACAGCCACUGUGGGAAGCAAGACAAUCGCGGUUGAUUUCUGGGACACAGCCGGUCAGGAGAGGUUUCAGAGCAUGCAUCCCUCGUACUACCACAAAGCACACGCAUGCAUCAUGGUUUUUGACGUUCAAAGGAAGAUCACGUAUAAAAAUUUGGCCAACUGGUACAAGGAGCUGAGGGAGUACCGGCCGGAGAUUCCCUGCUGUGUGGUCGCCAACAAAAUCGACGCUGAUUUGAAGGUGACACAGAGAAGCUUUAACUUUGGGAAGAAGCAAGGUCUCCCAUUUCACUUUGUGUCUGCAGCUGAUGGGACUAACGUAGUGAAGAUGUUCAGAGAGAUGAUUAAGAGAGCGGUGGACUACAAGCAGAACCCCAGCGACUUCAUGGAUGAAGUGAUGCAAGAAUUAGAGAACUUUGACCUAGAGAAGAAGGAAGAUAAUUCAGAAGCCGAUGAAGAUGGACUGAAAGCCGAGAGUCCUGAGUUGGCUUGACAGAUUUUAUUUUACAGUUCCUCCAAAACCCUCUCGUCAUCUCAUGGAUUAUUUAUCCUCCUCUGGAGUUGAUGCUGCAAAAAGAUGACGCUUCACAGUCAAAAUGUCAGAGCUUCUCUGUGACGUACACCGUCUACAGGCAGUUUUUGGUGGUCUGCUUUUAAAAAAAAAAGUUUGAUUGUAACUACCACUGGAGCGUGGCUGAUAAUCAGGUUUCUAUGUCACUGUCCUCCAUCUGUCCAGUGACACUGGCAGGGAAAUAAACCUGGUGGAAUAUUUAGGAAUUAUGUUCAUGUAGCUGCUAAGUUGACAUUGUAAUUCAUACUCUGUCGAACAAUAUCUACUUUUGUAACGGUAGGAAAUCCCACAAUGAAGGUUGACAUUUGCUUAGGCGUGAAAACCAAUUACUUGUUGUCAUGUUAUAUAAAUGUGAAGCGUUCAAAAGUAACUGGCAAAGAGAAUGUGUGAUUAUGUUUUGCUGCUGUUCUCAGUGUUUUUUUUGCUUGCAGUGCCGGCAGGGCACCGUGUAUCUGCCGGCUGCUUUGGUUUCAGUCAUUUUAUGAUGUAAAGUCCUUGAAAUGAAAAUGUGUGUCUCAUUUUACCAUGUAACCAAAUUGUCAUGUCUCUUUUCCAUGUUGGUGUGUGUGUGAGAUUCAGCAGCAGGCAAAGGAGCAGGAAGCUCUCAGAACUUUUCUUAGCGUUGUAAGUGGACGUCAGCUGCAUUGUUCUCUUGUCCAGGUCGCAGCCUUGUGAAAUCUUCAGUCACCUGUGUGCUUUGAGGUGUUGGUGGCUGGUUUGCACAAUUAUUCAUAAAUCAGCUGAAUUGUUGCUAUGAAGAACUUUAAACUAGUUAUGUUUAUGAUGUCUGCAGAAACCAUGUAUGUAUAUUUUCUAUUUAAAUGAGUGUUUUGUGUGGCAUUCACAUUAAAUCUCAUUGGAACAGCUUGAA